CUUCAGUAUCCAGGCAAAUACAAUAAGGUCGAGAACUAAAGUGUGCAGAAAGGAGCAUAGAGCAACUAUUAUCUUGGAAGGAGACAAAGAAACUUCUCGUAAAGGUUAAAAUGUAUCUGAUGGUCAGCAAACUUAGGUCACACAAUUCGUAGGGAAGGGGUCUGCGCUCUCGCUUUCGAGCGUAGAAACGCGAAUUGGGAAGGAAUCGCAAAAAAUACGCGAAAUAUUUUUCGUUGAAGCGCGAAUUUUGUUGGAUAAUUCGCGUUUUUAUUUCACAGACGGAGAUGGAAGAGGAAUCGUAGAUGGUGUCCUCCGAUUUGGUGAAGGAGGUGAAAUCUCUAACUGGUUUGAUGGAUGAAGGCGAAAAGAAAGGAAAUAUGUUGACCGGGGAGGUUUCGAACUUUGCACUUUGCAGGGAAGAAUAUUUCGUUGGCUAUUACCUACAUCGCAAACCAAGUCAGGAGUUCCAAUACAAGCUGACUUUCGGGAAAAUCGGUGGGGCUUAUCUACGUUUGGAAGAUUGGAGGCUAUAUGGAGAAACUGGGGGAGUUGUCAAUGAGGAGGAAGAGAGAAAUAAGCAAAGCAAAAUCAGGGGCAAGGGAAAAUUGCUCGGAGGUGAGCGACUGUGAAGAAGCUGAAUGAGAGUUGGUAAACGACGACAUGCAAAGGCCAGAGCAACAGAUCUGAAGGAUCAGACAACAGAUCCGUGCGAGAAUCGAUUGGGGAAGAGUAGGGAGGGAAGGCAGAACAUCUAUUUUCAUAUCUGUUACGCUGGUGGAGAUGAUUGUCGCCGGGAAUAAGCUCAUCGACGCGACGGAGGAAAUAUCUAAUUGGCGGUGAAAUUGACUGCGAAAGUGGAGAGGGCCAGAGGGGGCGGUGGGGGAAGAAUGAGGGGACCCUUGGAAUAAUUUAACUUUUUUAAUGGGCUCUUUCUUUAAAAUAUGAUUUUAAGUUUUAGAUAAUUUUAUUAAUAAAAGUAAGAAAAACAAAGACAUAUGUCUCAUAAACUCACGCUUUCACAAAAAGAUAUGGCUUUAUUAUGCACUUACACCUACAUUAUUUAAUUUAUAAUUAUUUAUUUUAGUUAGUAUAAUUACUUAAAUUAAAAAUAAUAUAAUAAAUUGACGCUCUGAUCACGCUUUCAUUAUUAAAUCCUUCAGAAAUAGACGCUUUCACCCUCUCGCUCCCGCUCCCGCUCUACGAACUUGUUACCUAACAGCAAACACUAUAAGAUUCCUAAUUCCUUGCUUCUUUCAGCUAAUACCCACCACAGACUUCAUGUUAACACCUCAUUCACUAGUCCUUUUUUUUUAGUUUCUUCUGUCAGGUGUGUUAUUUUGGAACACCCACCCACUUAAUCCAUUGACAUGGAUCAAUAAACUAGGGAUUGAUUGGGAUGGUGCUCUUGAUUUUCCAGACUCAUGUGACCUGUUCUUUUCUUCAUUGCCAUGAAAAUAUCAGAACUUUAUGGUCACUACCAUGAAAAAGGAGAAUGAACUCAUGUUCAUUAACGUUGAUUCACACAAGAAUAGGGAGUAUUGGUAGACACUGUAACAUAUUGGUCUCAACUUGUUGGAUCAGACCUACGUGCAAUCUCAACUGUUCAUCUCUGUGCAGUGACAACUUUUCUUUAUCGUCAUUGCGCGUGUUAAAAGGCCAGAGAUCAUGUGUGGCAUAUAAUCCAGCAGCAUCAACUUCAACUUAUGCCACACCCAGCUUACUGCAGAAUAGGGAGGUUACAAGGAACAACCUAGGAUUGAACUGGAUCCAUUUAUUGAAUCCAAAGUCGUCCUUGUUUUUCCCACAGAAGGUGGAACUUGACAAAAAAGGAAAACAAAAAAUAGGGUAAAUAUUAAAUGAUACAAUCCCCCAAAGAUGCUUGAUGUUAGUUCAUAUUGGGUGUCAUUUUCCUAGAUAGAUUCUCCUCUGCAGGUUGACUGGCUGCUAAUUAGCCAUUCACCAACCUCUAUCACAUUGUUACAUAUAUUAAUCAUCAGUGCAUGACAAUAAAUACUCAAUGAUUCUUGAUUUGUGAGUAACAAAUGGUUUCCUCCUGAUGAUGUCAAACCCCAUCCCCUUCCACAUAAAACUUAUCUAGUUCAUACUUCCACAGGUUGUUCCCUCCAAAAAUCAAUUUCUUUAUCUGAGCUUCUGACUCUUGUGAAAAUAACAAUGUCCUUCUUCCCCUUAUUAAAUAUUCAACUAGUGUUCAUAUUAUAAGACACUAAUCUCCACUAACAUAUUACAAUAUUACUGUGUGGCAGGAUACAUAGGUUGCAAUGAAAUAGUAAUCUUGCAUGAAGCAAGCAAAAUGGCCACAUGCUCCACACACAUGAUCCCUGGACCCACUUGUUACUCCAUCCUAUCCCAUUUCCAGACACUAAUAAAGUGACUUUCUUUCU